AUUCAUUUUUAUCGGCUCCCUGGAACUGGAACUGGAUUCUAACCUUUUAGGGCAGAAAGAAAGAGAUAGUAAACAUGAUCACCACAAGCGUAGCCAGAAACUGAAACCAAAAUGGCUAAUCCUGAUUUGACUGUAGUGGUUCUCAACCUGUCUCCUACAGUCACCCUUGGAGACCUCAAUGCAUAUUUCUCUAACUGUGGCCAUGUCGAGAAAAUCAAGCUUUUGGGUGCGAAUAGAGACCGAUCACUGUCAGCUCUGGUAACCUUUAGGCAGCCAUAUGCUUAUCAAACAGCUCUUCUCCUUAACAAUGCUAAUUUUGCGGGCCAACCAAUUCGAAUUCUGCCAAAGAAGGAUGCAGCAGAUCCUCCAGUCUCAUAUAGAACAAUUCCUAUUGUUACUGAGAAAAGCAAGCACGAUGUGCAGAACAACAAGACAGGAGGAAACAUGCCGGGAUUGCGAGCUGCAGUUGAGGCGAUAGCUUUAGAAGGGGUUGAGAAAUUGAACCAGGCAAGAGAUGAACUGAAUCACAAGCUCAAAUUAACAGAAAACAGUAGAGUGGUAAUGGACAAAACCAGGUUAGCAGUGUGUGCUGCUGAUCAGGCGAUUUAUGCAGCUGAGGAAGCAGCAAAAGACGUGGCAAAGAGGAUCAAGAAUACUGAUUAUGUUGCAGUAGGUGCUACAUGGUUAUCGGGUGUGCUUCAAAAAACAUCCAAGCUUGUCUUAGAGCUUGGCCAUAGGAAGGGUUGUAGUCCCAACUCUAGGGAUCGUAUAUGAUCAGUUUGUUUUUAUUUGUAUGAAUGGUAAACAAAUAUAUAAUAAGCAGUAAAGGUAAACUCGAUACCACUAAUUAUUAUUGAUUGCAA